AUGGCGACCACGCAGGGACGCCGCGUGGAUCAGAAUGACCCUGAGGCCGGGAUACGAUCAGGAACUUCAGGGUCACAGAAGAACUAAACCUGGACCCAUGACUCUGAGGUCUGACUGGGUCCCAGAGUCUCAGGAUCAGAGGGGUCUGGAUCAGGCCUCCUUCUAGUCUCUUCGGUUCUGAGAGUUAAUGGAGCGUUCCUGGUACUGGACCGGCUGGAGACCGGGCUGAGGAUUUGUACUGAACUGGUCUGGAUCCAGAUUACCGGACUAGAGCUCAGUGUGGACACACUGAGACGUGGAGUCCCUCAGGGUUCUGUCCUGGUUCUCCUUCAGUUCUUCAUCAUCACAGCUGAUGGUCCGGUUCUGGUUAAACAGACUCAGACUAAGAAAAACAGAAAACCUGGACCGGGUCUAACCGGGUUUACUUCAGGGAACCUGCUUUUCUACCCAAAAGAGGACUCUUGUGUCCCAGACUUACCAAGACUUGAGCUCUGA